AUGGCCAUAUGCGAACGACAUUAUAUUGCAUUAAUGGCUGCAAGUAGGCAUAGUUGUCAUUUUUUGAUGGAUUUACAUUUGCAAGAAUUUAAACGUACCGGUGGUAAGGAUGAAUGGUUGAAGGGAUUAUCAUAUGCUUCAGUAAAAGUUCAAAAUCUUGAUAUGCUUAAUGCUGUUUUAGCUCAUCAACCUUGGUCAAUUAAUGUUGACCACCUGACCACGCUUACAAAAUGUUGUUCACCGACAAAUUGGUGUUUAUCAGAAUUGGUUCAGGCAUCUGUUAUAUUGGCACAUACUCAUGUAUUAUGCUCAUUUGUUUUAGGAAAUGAUAUUGUAUAUACAAAUGGACAACAUACAAGUUCAUGCGAAAUAAUCGAUGAUCAAAAUGAUAGUAAAUGUGAAAUUGAAUUAUUACUGGAAUGUAUGGAUAAGUUGAAAAAAGCAAAAUUAAGUAUUGAUGUAAAGAAGCCGAAUGAGGAAGAAAUGGAGCAGAGUUUUUUAAAAGUGCAUAAUAAUUGUGAUAGUAUCACAGCGAAAACUUUUGAAACCGAAGAAACUUCUUUACCGGAAAAUAAAUCGGAAAAUAAUUGUAUGAAAAAGAGUUCGAUACAAAAUUGUUAUGCUCCAUCAUCAUUAUACACUUUUAACAGUCGUUUUGGUUAUGUUAAUUUCGCACAACGUGCUCAUGAUGGUUUUGCUCGAACUCAUAAAAUUCAUGAAUUUUCAUGGGAAGAUCAAGGUUAUAGCUGUGUUGAUGAAUUAUAUAAUGAAAUGGCUGAUAUUUUGGAUAAAAAAAUAACACUCAUUCAAAAUCUUACUUAUUCCACAAUGGGUACUUAUAAUGAUGUGGAUACAAGUAAAUAUCGCAAUGCAAUUUGGAUGUACAUUCAAUCCUUAUACGGUAUACGCCAUGAUGAUUAUAAUUAUGCUGAAGUAAAUGUAAUGUUAGAUCGUAAAUUAAAAACAUUUAUCAAGACGGCAUGUUGUCAUCCGCAUGAAAUGACCGAUUCAUUACGACAAUCUGUUAUGAUCAAUUUUAAAUCGUGUGAAAAGGUACACGUAUUGUUGAUAGUGAUGGAAGCACGUCUACAAGCCGAAUUGAUAUAUUUCUUUCGCGCUCUUGUCAAACUCAAUAAUAAUUCAUCAACAAUUGCUUAG